AUGGCCCACCAACUCACCGCCGGGUUCUGUGAACGUAUUAACAACCUCACCGUCGAGGAUGAUGCACUCUACAACUCCAAGCCCACCGUCCAGUUUCUCUCCUUCAAAAAGGUUCCACCCGCGUCGGGCGCGGCCAACGCUAACGUAGAUCGCUACCGUAUCAUCGUGUCCGACGGAGAGCAUUUCCUCCAGUCAAUGUUGGCCACCCAGCUUAAUUACCUGAUUGAGGAGGAUCAGAUCGCUAAACAGACGAUUGCCGUCAUUGAGAACUUCACUUGCAACGUGGUCCAGGACAAGCGCUUGUUGAUAAUUCUUUCGAUGCAAAUUAUUGCGAAGACCGCGGACAAAAUAGGCACUCCGAUUGGACUGCAGCCUCCGGCGGGCUCUCCCACCUCAAACGCUCAGACCGCUUCUCCAGCAGCAACAGCAACCCCGGCAACUCCAGCGGCCUCCACUUCUACCAACCCUACCCCAGCAGCUCCAGCUCCACAGCCUCAACGCCAGGCCAACAGAGCAGGACGCGCUGGCGCCAUUCACCCCAUAGAGAGCUUGAGCCCCUAUCAGAAUCACUGGACAAUCAAGGCCCGCAUCACUCAGAAGACGGACAUCAAGACCUGGUCUAAUCAGAGGGGUGAAGGGAAGCUUUUUAGCGUUAUUCUGAUAGACGAGACUGGCGAGAUCAAGGCGACGGGAUUUAAUGCUGCCGUCGACGAGCUUUAUGACAAGCUCCAGGAAGACCAUGUGUACUACAUAUCAAAGGGAAGGGUGAAUCUUGCGAAAAGACAGUACUCCUCCCUACCGAAUGAAUACGAGCUCACACUUGAGCGGAACACCGAGGUUGAGGAGUGCCACGAUUUAACGAACGUGCCCACUAUCAGAUACAAUUUUGUCGAGAUCGGCAAACUGAUGGAUGUAGCGAAAGACGCCAGCUGUGAUGUCAUCGGGAUAAUCAAAGAAACGAGCCCUCUUGCAACGCUGACUUCGAAAGCCAAUCGCACACUCAUCAAACGAGAGUUAACGCUGGUCGAUCGCUCUGGAUUCUCCGUCCGCCUCACCCUCUGGGGAAAACAGGCUGAACAAUUCACUGCCGACGACCAGCCCGUGGUCGCUUUCAAGGGCGUCAAAGUCGGUGACUUCGGUGGCCGCUCGCUAUCCAUGUACAGCUCGAGUACCAUGGCGGUGAACCCUGAUAUCCCUGAGGCUCAUGCGCUUCGCGGGUGGUACGAUGCGGCUGGAACAGAGCAGUCGUAUCAUGCCUAUAACAAUAUGGGUGCGGGCGGCUUCUCCACGUCGAAGUUCGAUCCGGCGGAGAUCCUCUCACUGAGCGAUGUGAAGGCGCGCGAGCUCGGAAUGCAGGACAAAGCGGAUUCGUUCAACGCGCGCGCGACGGUGAUGCACAUCAAGGCGGACAACAUCGCGUACCCCGGCUGUACUUCGCAGGACUGCAAGAAGAAGGUCGUCGAGACCCACGACGGCUGGCGCUGCGAGAAGUGCAAUAAGACUUACGAGAAACCUGAAUAUCGAUACGUCAUCUCCAUGGCCGUCGCGGAUUACACCGGCCAGGCGUGGCUGCAGGGCUUCAAUGACGUUGGCGAAGCAGUCUUCUCAAUGAAAGCUGACAAACUCGUCGAAAUUAAGCAACGCGACGACGCCGAGUUCAAUACCAUCUUGCAGGGCGCCACCGGUAGCACUUUCAACUUCGUGUGCAAGGCCAAGCAGGACACGUACAACGACCAGGUCCGCGUGCGGUACUCCGUGCAGCACAUUACACCUCUGAAUUAUCGUGAGGAGGGGAACCACCUGGCGAAUUUGCUCCGCCGCUCGGAAUGGGGGCGGUGA